AUUGCGUGUUACAUGCAGCGAGAGCGUGACGCUCAAUGCAGGCUCAGUGCUCGCGCAGACGUCGUCGUGGCCAGUUGUUUUUCCUCUUCGUUGUGUUACUUUGAUCUACGUGUGCGUGAGUUGUGCGCGUUGUGAAUCUGUUACGACGAAAAGCGGAGCAAAGAGAAUCCGGCCACGUGUGCGACGAACCCGGUCUUUAAACGCACGACAGCCAAAAUCUUCGAUUAGAUAGACAUAUUCGAAGAAUCCACAUUUGAACGUUGGACCGACAAGUCGAUCGUUCGUGUUUCCUUAAAGCUUAAUUCGAUACACAUUACAAUUGUCUGGAGCGUCCAUUUUUUUCUACUACGACGGAAAUUGGCAGAAUUAAAAAGAAAAGCAAACAUACAAAUAUUAAGAAAAUCACUGAGACAUCUCGAGACUUCGCAAAUCGGCACUUGAAGGCACUUAAAUAGCAAGUGAUAACAGAUUUAUAGUACCUGAUAUCUUACUUGUACAAGAAAAUCAUCGAGGAUUCGCAAAAUAAAUAAAUCGGCACGACUAAUCGUGGGAAUUAAUCUGAUAUCUGCAAAAGAAGCUGAUACAAGAUACGCAAAGUGUUAAUUUCAAUGUGAUUGCAAUCGCGCGAAGAGAUCGCGACUGAUACUCUUGGUAUCAACGAAUUUCGUAUCUUCAGUUUAUUAUCGCAAGAUUUCUAAUGAUAAUUGAAGAGAUCACAUUAAUACCGCAAAUUUUGUUUAUUGAAAAAGCGGAAGAAAGUGUUUUCCAUCGCGAAAGAGAAUUCAAACGUCAAAUAGAAGUGACACACGUGUAUUGAUAAUUGUUAGUUAACGUGUUAGUUAACUCGAUAAGUCAAUUGAUCGUUUUAUCCUGCUGAUUCAAGUGGUGAUUCGCGGCGAGUUAAUGCCGUGUGUAAGGACUGAUGGAUUCAACGAAAACCAAAUCGAAACCGAAUCCAAGGGAAAAGGCGAACAUUGUUUCGGUAUUGCUAUGGUGGUGGACCAUCAGUUUAUUCAAGACAGGCUACAGAAAAGUUCUAGAAACAGAGGACUUGUUUGAUCCUUUGAAAGCUGAUGAAUCGGGUCUACUCGGAAAUCGAUUAGAAAAACGAUGGAAAAUCGAAUUGGAAAAUUCGAAAAAAUGGGAGCGCAAUCCGAGUUUGCUGAGGACCAUUUUCCGCACAUUCUUGUGGGAAUACUCUAUUCUCGGAAUGAUGACUAUACUCAACGAAUUUGUGAUAAGGUUGGGCACGCCGUUGUUGCUAGGAGGUCUGUUACGCUACUUCCGGAAGGACUCGGUUGAAUCAUACGAGAAUGCAUUAUGGUACGCAGCUGGAAUAUGCUUAGCCACCGGCAUGAGCGUGUUAAGCGGCAAUCAAGCCAUUUUCGGAGCUUUUCACGUCGGCGCUAAAGUCCGGGUGGCCGUCUGCUCUGUGGUUUAUAGAAAGGCUCUCCGUCUGAGCACGACUGCGCUAGGCGAGACUGCACCGGGAAAGAUAGUCAAUUUAGUAGCCAACGAUGUUAAUAGAUUCGAUCUUGUGUCCAUCUUUAUCCAUUACAUGUGGUCGGCACCUUUGUCAGCUCUAAUCGUGGCUUAUAUUUUAUACCGGGAGGUCGGCUAUCCCGGUCUCAUCGGCAUUGCCGCCAUUUUCGUGGUUGUGCCAAUCCAAUCUUACACCGGUAAGCUAUCAUCCAAGUUCCGACUUCAGACGGCCAUUAAGACGGACGAGCGAGUUCGUUUGAUGGACGAGAUCAUUUCCGGGGUUCAGGUGAUCAAGAUGUACGCGUGGGAGAAGCCGUUUUGCGCGAUGGUCGAGCUAGCACGUAAACUGGAGCUACGAGUGGUCACCAAAAGCUCGUAUAUCCGUGGCAUCUACAUGACCUUCAAUCUCUUCACAACCCGGAUGGCGCUUUACUGCACUCUCAUCACCAUACUGAUGUUCGGUGAUGAACUCACCGUCGACAAGGUCUUCGUCGUUUCGUUCUACUUCAACAUGCUUGCGCAGACUAUGACCGGCAUGUUUGUGCGUGGCUUCGCCGAGCUGGCCGAAUGUAUGGUAGCUAUACGCAGACUUCAGGGUUUCCUCUUGUUUGAGGAGUUCCAGGGUACCAACAUCUCUAAACCGCCCUCCGAAUACCCUAGCCUCGAUUCAGAUGUCAAGCAGACUGCAGCCCACAAGCAGGAUCUGCCUUACAUCGACGAUGAUGUCGCGGAGGGAUAUGAGAACUUGGACGAAAAUAAUGAGUCCAAAAGACGAAAUGGAUUAAUGAUUGUUGUUAGCGACUUGUUAAAGAAUACUUACGACCUUAUUGAGGAAAAGAAGCAAACAUACAACAACGUGCACUGUGCCAUCAACAUAAUCAACGUAACUGCCAAGUGGGAGGCUAAACAAUCACUGAAUAUCUUGGAGGAUUUAAAUCUAGAGAUUGAGAAGGGCAAGUUGUAUGCUGUGAUCGGAAUGGUGGGCAGCGGCAAAAGUUCCCUUCUAUCCGCGAUUCUGGGUGAGAUGAGCCUGACAAAAGGUCAAAUCAGAGUCAACGGCAAUAUCAGCUAUGCCAGUCAAGAAGCCUGGGUGUUCGGUGCCACUGUUAGACGAAACAUACUCUUUGGACAGCCUUACGAACGUCAUCGAUACCAGAAGGUGGUUAAAGCUUGUGCCUUAUUGCGUGACUUCAAGCAGUUUCCGCAGGGUGAUCAGACCAUCGUGGGCGAACGUGGCAGCUCACUAUCUGGUGGACAAAAGGCCAGAAUCAAUCUGGCCAGAGCCCUGUACAGACAGUCGGACAUCUACCUAUUGGAUGAUCCUUUGAGCGCGGUCGACGCACACGUCAGCAAACAUCUGUUUCAUGAAUGCAUUCAAAGAUACCUAGCAGGGAAGACGAGGAUCUUGGCGACGCAUCAAUUGCAAUAUAUAAAGGGAGUGGACGCCAUUAUAUUGCUUGAACAAGGAAGAAUAAAAUACUUUUCGCAUUAUCAAGAUUUACUGGAGAAUCAUCCAGAGUACGGAGUACUCUUAGCAGAAGAGAAUGAAAUCGAUGAUUCGUCUCUAGAAAAGAGCAUGAACAUAAGGCGAAAAUUUUCCUGUAUUAGUAACCGAAGUCGUACUCCGGAAAUAAGCAGUGGCGGUACAGAUGACGAAGAAGAAGACGAAGAUAAGGAGGAGUUAAACAAUGGUCUCGAGGCGACGUCACGUGGUAUAGUUAAAGGCCCUAUAUUUAUCAAAUUCUUCCAAACUGGAGCCAAUUUAUACAUGGCUUCCGUCGUUCUAUUGCUAUUCAUCAUCACGCAAUUUAUUGUCAGUCUCAACGACUAUUUCAUGCCUUACUUAGUCAAUAUUGUGGAAACGCAAAGGUAUAUGGCCAAACUUCACAGAUUGAAUCAAACGAAUGACACUUUCGAGAACAUGGCGACAAAUCAUUCCGAUAGUAUUCGCUCUGACGAGGAGGACGAUUUGUCGUCGGUGAUGAGUUACAUCUACAUCUACACAGCCAUCGUGUUAGGCAUUUUCGUUGUUGGUAUCAUGAGAUCGCUGGUCUUUUACAAGACGUGUAUGACUUGCAGCCAGCGUCUGCACGACAUGAUGUUCAGCGCAUUAAUUCGCACAGGAAUGCGAUUCUUUGACACUAAUCCCAGCGGUAGAAUCUUAAACCGGUUCUCCAAGGACAUGGGCACUAUCGAUGAGUUGUUACCCAAAGCGUGCUUGGAUGCCGGGCAGAUGAACAUGAUGAUGAUAGGUUCGCUGGUACUCACAUGUAUAGUCAAUCCCAUCUGUUUGGUGCCCAUCCUGUUUAUCAGCCUAAUAUUCUACUGGAUCCGCAAAGUUUAUCUCAAGACCAGCAAAAACGUCAAGCGGUUAGAAGGAAUGGCACGGUCGCCAGUAUUUACUCACUUAAAUGCGACAUUGAAUGGUUUAACAACUAUCAGAGCGUACUGUGCUCAAAAUAUACUCAAGCAAGAAUUCGACAAGUUACAGGAUAUACACACGUCUACAAUUUACAUGUAUAUCGUGACUAGUACGGCGUUCGGAUUUACUCUGGAUGUAUUCUGUUUCAUUUUCAUUUCGCUCCUCACCUUCAGCUUUUUGCUAUUCAGUCAAUCAUUUUCCGGUGGCGAAGUUGGAUUGGCUAUCACUCAGGUGAUGGGAAUGACCGGGAUAAUACAGUGGGGAAUGCGGCAGAGUGCCGAGGUGGCAAAUCAAAUGAUGGCAGUGGAACGUGUGCUCGAAUACGUCCAACUUCCGGCAGAAUCAAAUCUGAGGGACAGAGGAAAAUACUUGAAGAAGAAAGAAAAGGAAUCUCUAGCAUUGCCAGACAAUACACCCAAAGGCUGGCCCGCAAAUGGUUGCGUCGUAUUCAAGGAUGUUUUUAUGCGUUAUGCGGACGAGGAACUGCCUGUUCUUAAAGGCUUGAACAUAAUAAUCCAUCCCGGGGAGAAGGUUGGUAUCGUGGGAAGAACAGGCGCUGGAAAAUCAUCACUGAUAGCAGCUCUGUUUCGAUUGGCGAAAGUGGAGGGAAUUAUUGAGAUCGAUGGGACAAACACUGGUUUGAUCGCCUUGGAGGAUUUGCGACGUAAAAUAUCCAUCAUCCCUCAAGAUCCUGUAUUAUUCUCAGGCACUUUGAGACGUAAUCUGGAUCCUUUCGACGAAUUCCCCGAUAAUGAUUUGUGGGAAGCGCUCGAAGAGGUUGAAUUGAAAGACGCGGUCGGAAUUAACGGAAAUGGUUUAAACAGUCGCGUGUUUGACAGAGGCAGCAAUUAUAGUGUCGGUCAAAGGCAAUUAGUAUGCUUAGCGCGAGCCAUUCUGAGAAACAAUCGUAUACUGAUGCUGGAUGAGGCGACUGCGAAUGUUGAUCCACACACCGAUGCUCUUAUCCAACGCACCAAGAAAAAGUUUGCGACUUGUACAAUGCUUACAGUGGCGCAUCGAUUAAACACUAUAAUGGACAGCGAUAAAGUUCUGGUCAUGGAUAAGGGUCGUAUGGCUGAAUACGAUCAUCCUCAUAUAUUAUUGCAAGACUGCUACAGUCAAUUCACGUCGUUAGUAAGAGAAACCGGUUCAGGUAUGUACGAUCAACUCGUCAAAGUAGCUAAGCAAUCGUACUUAGAUAAAUAUGGAGAAACAUGACAAAGCAUUGGUAUAUUUUUGCAAGGAAAUCUUUGUUAAUUGAUUUUUUCAAAUUUCCGCUUUUUAAAUUCAAUCGAGGUAAAAUUAGCAUAUCGUUUAACGUCUAUGAUAUACUUUUAAUGUAUAUAUACAGAAAAUCUCAAAGCAGAAAAUUUCACUUAUAUUAUUUCUACAAUAGAGCUGGUAUUGUUGUAUAUGUAUGUCUUUCUUCUUCGGAACAUUUUUAUGUAGACACGAUACUUCUCCUAAGUAUUGUAAUACGCGAUGUUAAUGCAAAUUUAGAGCGUUUACAGAGAUUCAUAUUUUUAUAUGUCAUAUAUAUAGAUAUAUUUAAUUAUCGUUUUGUUAAAUUAUUUUCAUUGAAAUGUCAAGUUCUUCCAUAUAAUAAUGAAAGCCACAGUACUAUUAUAUUUUUUUUAUUCUAAUGGUAAGGUUUCAUUUACUUGAAAAAAUCAUAAAUAUUUCUAAAUCUUUUAUGAUGAAGUGAGUGUAUAUCAACUAAGAAUUAAUUGUAUUAAUCCUUAGAUAACGCAAAGUUUAUUCUGAAAACAUAGAUUUAUAUAAGAUAAUAUUUGCACACUCUAAACAUUUGAUUGCUAUCUCAACAUUCAGCUGACGUAUACUUUGAAUCGUAAGAAAUUUUGUUUAAAAAUUGGAAGGUAACAUUGAUUUAACAAUUUAAACAAAUUAAUUUUAUUGAAGCCAAUAAAUUAGGUCGGAAAGAGCUUAAAUGGCACUAUAUGCUUUCAAAUAAAAUUAUAUCGAUUUUUCUCUUAA